AUGAGUGACUAUUUUGGAGUAGGAACAUUUUACCUAGUUAUGAUUUUAGUCAUACAAUCGAUUAUAGGUAGCUACUUUUCUUCAAAAAAGAUUAGGUACUUUCAUGAGACAGGAGUUGCGAUUGUUCUUGGUAUGGUAGUGUCUGCAGUUGCUUACUUUGGUUUCAACUAUUAAUCUUCUCUUUCUAAAUCUGUUUUCAUUUACGUUUUUUUGCCUGCUAUUAUUUUUAGCGAAGGGUUUAUGAUGAAAAAGAGGCAUUUUUUCAAAAAUAUGUCUUACAUUCUUACUUAUGGGUUACUAGGAACAAUAAUAACUUUUGUGACUAUGCUUUUGUUGGUCAAUACUAUUUGUAAUAAUGAUAUGAUUAAAAUAUAAGUUUAAAGCAAAAAUAGUGAAGAUGGAGAGUAUGAAGUAACUUCAGUUGAAUUAGGAAUUAAAGAUCUAUCCUUAUUUAGUGCAGCAUUAAGUUCUAAAGAUAGUUUCUUAGCCUCUACAAUGGUUGACCAUCACUCAUACCCUAUUCUUUUCCAUGUUAUUUUUGGAGAAGGUAUAAUAAAUGACGCAACUUCUCUUGUACUUUUUGAUAGUUUUGAGACUUUAGUAGAUGAAGACGUUAAGGAUUUAGAAUGGAGCAUUGUGCCUAAAAUUCUCUUUAUCAUGUUCAAAAGUAUAUCCAUUAGUGUUUUAGCUGGAAUCGUUUUUGGAAUUGGUUGUACACUUAUUUUAAAACACUUUAAAUUUUUAAAUAAAACUGUUGUCCAUGAACUACUGAUAUUGUUUCUCAGUGCCUACUCAGCUUAUUGCAUUGUAGAAGCCUUUCAUUAUUCUGGAGUUAUAGCUUUAUUAUUCUCUGGUAUUAUAAUAGGACAUUAUGCCUUUUAUAAUCUUUCUGAAAAAGCCAAGAUAUGCUCAAAUGUUACAUUUUAAACCUUAUCAAGUGGUGCUGAAAAUAUGUUAUUUACUUACCUUGGAUUCACCACUUUUUCUUACUACAGAAACGCUUGGAGUUUUACUUUAAUUGGAUGGGUCAUCCUGAUUUUAUUUAUUGGAAGAUUUAUUUCUGUAUUUAUAAUGAGCUCUAUUUUGAGACUAUUCUUCAAAAAAGGAACCUUUGCAAUGGGCUUGAGAGAAUAGAUAAUCCUUUAAAUGACAGGAAUAAGCAGAGGUAUUUUAGGAUUUAUUUUAAUGGACUAAGUUGAAUCUGAAGAAUACUCUGAAGUUCUGAAUAGCACUAUGUUAGGAGUCUUAAUUAUAACAACUCUUUUCUUUGGAUUAGUUAAUCCAAAGGUAAUAGAUCUUACUUUACCACCAGUAAGCCACGGUCAUGGUCAUGGUCAUGGCCAUGAAUAACAUCAUAAAAAUGAAGAAGAAUAACACAUUAAUGGUUAAGAAGGGCACUCAAAUGAACAUCAUGAGUAAUAAGAACAAGAAGAUGAAACUAUAAGAAAAAAGAAAAUAACUGAUGCCUUACUUCAUGGUGAGUAUGAUGAGAAAUUAUUCAAAUCAAAAUGGAAAUAUAAAGUUUAAAGAUUCAAUGCUAAGUAUAUAAAACCAUUUUUAAUACGUGAUUACUAUGAUAAUUUUGAUGAAAUUGUCAUUUCUAAAGAAUUAUUUAAAGAAGAUAAAUACGAAAUGAUGAGACCUGAUGGAUAUACAAAAUGCCAAAAUUUAAUUCGUUAAAGCGUUUUAAAUCUUAAAGGAGAAGUUGGCAAAUCUAAAAUUUAAAAAACAAGUGUAGAUUUCGAAAAAUUUUAGCAUAAAAAUUCAACUAUUAAUGAAUAAAAUGAAGAAGAUGACGAUGAAAAGGUUGGAUAUGAUGAAGACGAAUAUCUUGAAAGAAUUAAAAAAUUAGGAAUAAUUAAACACUCUAUAAAUGUAGAAGACGAAUAAAAACAAUGA